AUGAACAAGACUGAAGAUUUACAUCUGGAUCAACUUAAAGGCAUCAAGAAUGUACUUGCUGAGUUAAAUAAUGGAGAAGAUUUUCCACAUUUAAAGAAACUUCACAUCCAAAAUGGUCGGGAGGUCCAAUAUAUCGCAACAGAGAAAAUUAAGCUUUCUCAAUUGCAGUCCAUGACACUUCAAGGUCUGCCACAGCUCAUCAACUUUUGCUCUCAAGACAAUAGGUGUUCCACAUCCCAACAGGAGGGAAACACGAACUCUGAGCCCUUGCCACUUUUCAAUACACAGUUUGUGUUACCUUACUUGGAAAGCCUGCGAUUGUCCUCAAUUAACCUCAAAAGAAUAUGGCACAGCCAGCUUUCAGAGACAUGUUAUGUUGUUCCGAAUUUAACGAGAUUGAACAUUGAGGGCUGUGACAACUUGGAAUAUCUAUUAUCGCCCUCUAUUGCUAGAAGUCUGGUGCAGCUCAAACACUUUAAGAUAGGGAAAUGCAUGUGCUUAAGAGAUGUAAUAUCUACAGACGGAAUAGAAGAAGAAAAGAAAGCUGUGAUUUGUUUACCUCGAUUAGGCUCCCUGGAGAUAAAGAAUCUUCACAAUCUCAUCAAAUUCUGCUCAGGAAAUUAUAAUAUUGAGUUCCCAUCCUUGAAAGUGCUGACGAUUGACAACUGUCCUAAAUUAGGAGAAUUUAUUAGUGAAAAUAAAAUGGAGGGGAACCAUCAUUCCAGUACACAAGCUUUCUUCAAUGAGAAGGCGGCAGUUCCUAGCUUGAAAAGCAUGAGAAUCUCCCACUUGAGAAAUGUGAAGAAGAUAUUUCAUAACGAACUUCUAGCUGGUUCCUUCUGUAAAUUAGAAGAAAUGACAGUUGAAAACUGUGAUGAGUUAUUGACUGUUUUUUCAUCUACUAUAGUCGGAGUAUUUAGCUGUCUGGAAAAGCUUAGAGUGAACGAUUGUGAUUCACUAGAACAGAUAUUUGAGGUUGGAGGGUUAAGUAUCACAGAAACACACGCUGUAGAUUGCCAACUAAGAGAAUUGUACAUUUCCGACCUACCAGAACUGAAGCAUGUUUGGAACGAUCCCCUUGGAAUUCUUGCAUUUCAAAGUCUACGAAAAGUAAAUGUAUGGCGAUGUCCGAGUCUAAAAAAUCUAUUUCCAGCGUCUACAGCCAAAGAUCUUCCUCAACUUGAAUUUCUAACAGUGAGUAUUUGUGGGGUGGAGGAGAUUGUAUCGGCAGGGGAAGGAUUGGAGAAGCCUCUUAGGUUUAAGUUUCCUCAAUUGUCUUCCCUGCAGCUUACAUACCUGAAUGAGCUCAAAUGUUUCUACCCAGGGCAACACACGAUAGUUUGGCCGAUGUUGAAAAAGAUGGAUACAGAUUAUUCAACUUUACUAAAGAUAGUAGCUUCCGAACGUCUUAGCAUCCAAGAAUUGAAUGGGAAUGACCAACGAGAAUCCACAAUUCGACGGCCAUUUUUCUUGGUUGAAGAGGUCAUUCCCAAAUUAGAGGAACUGCAGUUAGAAAAAAUUGAUGAUAUUGCAAUGAUAUGUGAUGGCCAGUUUCCAGCAGAAUUUUUUCACCAUCUAAAAGUUCUUGUGCUGGUUGGUUCCGUAAUUAGUGGAUCUGCUAGUUUUCCAUUUACUUUCUUCCAAAUAUUCUACAAUCUGGAAAUUGUUCAAUUUUUUAGCAGCGACUUCAAAUAUCUAGUCUCGUGUGAAGGAAAUGUUGCUGGGAAGGCAGAUGCUGCGACACUCCUUACUCGAAUUAGAAAGUUAAAAUUGAAUUUUUCUGAAAAUCUUACACAUAUAUGGAAGAAAGAUUCAGUGCUGGCCCACAUUCUUCCUAAUCUUGAAACUCUUGAGGUCCUGGAAUGUAAUGAUUUGAUAAGUUUGGGAUCCUCACCCUCAGCAUCUUUUCAAACUCUCACAACUUUGAAAGUGCAAUCGUGCAACAUGAUGAUAAACUUGGUUACACCUUCAGUAGCCCAGAAUCUGGGUGUUUUAAGCACCCCACGACUACAAAGAGUAAAAGAGUCGCGUUAUCAUCACAAGGGGCGUUGGACUGGUGACCUUAAUAUCACCAUACAACAGUUGUACUCAGAAAAGGUUGGAUACCAUGGCAUAUAUGAUUUCAAAUUCUCAGACACAUUUCCCGAGUUGAUGGAAAUAUGGAAUACCAACCCUCAAGAAAUUUUGGACUUCAAAAACCUUAGCAGAGUGGAAUUUUGUAAUUGUAGCAGCUUGAAAUACAUAUUUACACUCUCUAUGGCUUUGAGCCUCAAGCAACUUUUCCGUUUAGAAGUAAAAGAAUGCAGUACAAUGGAAGAAGUCAUCGUGGAGCAGGGCGUUGAGGAGGAACCAACGAACAGAUAA